AUAUCUAGUACGGUGCUAAACCCAUGAAGGGUUCUGGACCUGCCUGCCAAGUACUAAUUCAGAUCAGCUUACGCACUCAGCUUGCCAGCUCUCCUCUUAUUAACAGCCGAUAUCUCUCUGACGGCUUUGGAGCAUAUUAAUUAGUUGUUAAUAUAUAACGUGAGCGAAGGCUUUGCGACGACGUUUGCUUUUACCCUGGAUCCCCAACUUAGGUUAGAGGUGGUCCCGUCAGACAGGCUAUUAUCAGUUGUGACGGUUCGCGUCUGGUCGAUUGUACGAGCGCGCUGGCUAUGCUCAGUUAUGCUCGCUAAGCCCUGCACCGACCGUCAUAAUAUUUCUCCAAGGCCGGCCGAGAGAUCCGGUGGUGAUAGUUUAAAAUCAGAAACAUUCUAGAAUUAUUUCUGAUAUGGCGAACCCGUGGAAUUGAGUUGAAUAUUGAUCGAAAAUCGUGGACACCCGAUUCUUCGUUAUUCUGGUAUUCCCCAAUUCAGGAUCCCCCCUUGUCUCUUCCCCACAGACCAGGAUCUUGGGACCCUCCACUUCUCGCGUGCACUACUGUACGGUCUACCAAUCGAUCCACCCCCAGUAAAGGGACUUUUGUCAACCACAUAAUGCCGACGUACCUCUGCCACGGUUUUCGCUGGCAUCGCCCAAGCAUUAGGUAUUUUGUCGUUAUACAAAAUAUCGAUGAUGCUGCCACCGAGUGGAUUGUAACACGAAAGAGCCCCGUCGCUCUCCUUAACCAGUUCUAUGAGCUAUUCGACUUCUUGCCGCCAUGUACGCGUCCAGCGCGCACCCGCAACCCCUCCCCCAAUCGCGAUCCUACUUGCCUUCCGUCAAGUAAUGGCCACGCUCACGCGCGAACACAAUCGGAAGGGGGUCAAGGGAAUAAGGGGAAACAGAACGGAAUCGAAUACGGCGAAAAUGGAAAUAACAGCGAACGAAUAAAGUCGCCUAAUCGUAACACAACGUUAGGACAGAUAGCGACGAAUAAGAGGCAAGACGACGCGACUUCGUUACCAUCCCCGGAUCCGGCUGAGCUCGACGACAGUAUACCAUUCAAUGAUUGGUCCGCUAUAAAAUUCUUAGAAGAAUUCGAUCCAACAGAUUUGAGUGCCGUCAGCGGACCGUGGGCGUAUGUAGCAGAUUAUGUGAUACGCAUCGACACGUCGGUCUCGGUCGCAGAAGAAAUGAGCCGCUACGAGGCGCAAAUGAAGACGGAAUCAUACAAACCGAUGAGCGGCAUUAGCGACGAGGAAGGUCGUAAAGUUAAUACGUUUGGGAGUAAAAAGGCGGGCUGGCUCGAGAAGCUUCGAGAUCAGCUACAGAGGAAGGAGAGUAUUCGGUGGUACGUCGUUGUUUGCGGUGACGAGGAACGCAUAGUUCCCCAGAUAUACAAGAGUGAGGAGGGCCAAAAUAUGAAUGGAGAAGAAAGAAGCCCCGGAUUCAUCGAGGAUGGGUUCGAAUACCGACUACCAGAAUUCCUAGCACCACAGCAGUCAUCGGAGCCGAGACCAAGACGACGGAGAGCGGAGAGGAAGAUGGCUUUGCAGAAACAGACACCCAUACCCGAGAAUGAACAGCCGGCUAUCCCCCUCCCCCCUACUCCUGUUGAGAUUUCCCCUGAGAUAUCGGGAGAAAAUUCGAUGCGACCCAAGAGUUCGAAAUCCAAUGGUGGGCUCAGAAGGUUAUUCUUAAGACGAAAACCCGACAGUCCUACCUGAAAUAUCCAUGGAUACCUAUGUCUAGGUGCGCCUGUAUUUCAAAGGUCCCAACCUCGAAGCAACGACCCAUUCAAAAGCCCCCACUGGCUGAAGAGGCCGCCAUCCCGCCAUCCCUCGUGCUAAUAUCCCCGCUACACUACCUACCUACCUACCUAGUAGGUAGGUAGGUAUGUUUAUGGGUGGCCGCCAUAAAAGCUGGCUCAUCCGAUUUCCACGAACAGCAGGGUUGUACAUAGAUCGUGCUGAGUUUAAAGAGCACAGCGAACUACGGAUCAAGAUCAGCGAUAACACUUCGGGUUAAGUGGGAUUUACCAUAACAUUUUACACCAAUGCCUUAAUAAACACAAUUCACUUGACUCUCAGCAAUGGUUCGUUUUUGGGUUUGGA